AUGACACUCGACCACUGCCCAGACUUCGCCCUGGCCGGGGCUGCGGCGCCGACGGGCGCCCCGGCCUCCGUGGAGAAGCCGAAGGACCAGAAGAAGCGGGAGUGGCUGAAGGUAUACGAGACGUUGCCCGCGCAGUUGCUCAACGUGUAUGGGCCUUCGAAGUUCGCGAAGUUGAAGGACGCGCAGGAGCCGGAGCGGAGGGGUGUCGGUAUUAACCGUUUCAUUCACGCGAUGAAGACCUUCUGCGAGUAUCAAAAGGAUCCCUCGGUAAUGGCGGGGAACAAGGCGGUAUUGAAGGAGCAGAUGUAUAACGAUUUGUACAAAGAGAUUGAUGAGAUCCUGCCGGCCUUGCAGUAUUGCCUGGCACCCGAGAAGCAGCCUGAGAAGAAGGGUGCUGCUCUCCUCCGUGCGAGCGGUACGGACGACGCAGUGUUGGCGACCGCGAAGACGGGGCCGGAGUUGGACAAGUAUGCGAAGCAGGUCUAUGACUGGCUCGACAAGACUAAACUGUCGCGAGUCCGUAUGAUGGCCAAUUGGCAAAGUUGCGGGGGGUUGGCCUUUGUGGCUCAAUGCCACCAUCGGGCUACCACCUGUUUCAGGUAUCACGGCAACAGCUUUCACGGAGCUGGUCCAUCGCAGCACGAGGUAUCACUUCAAGACUUCCAGGCCGCUGUGAAGCUCCGCCACUCGGUCGGCCACAACGGUAUGGACGUGGAGGGGGUGAGCGAGGUCUCCGGCGUCAACGACUUCGGGUCAUCCUGA